GUGCACGUGGUCCAUGCGUGUCCACGAGUCGUGACAAAUCGUUGACGGUUAACAUAAAUUUCUCUCUUGAAAGUUUCACAAUCCUCCAUAAUUGCGUUAGAGAUCACAUACUGAUCGACGACUGUAAAACAUAAAUAUCUAAUCGAUUUGUUGUAAUCUCUUUGAUGCAACGAUUGGAGACAAACAAAAAAAAAAGAAAAGAAAAAAAAGAAAAGUGAAAGAAAGAAUAUUUCUCUAAUCGAAAAGAGAGAGAUCCUCGAGGAGCAGGGCAGAUCGAACGUGGGCAAUUUGUAAAAUGUCGAAAGAUCCGGAGGGGACGGAGAGGAUGAAAAUAAAGGCGGAUCCGGGCGCGAGCAGAUACGGGAACUUUAUGAAUUACUACCAAUUUCAUAGCGCGGAAGAGCGCGUGCGGCAACUUCCGCGUGACGUCUGGCAGUCUGUUUGUUCGGACCGGAAAUACGUGGGGCUAGACAUUGGCUGUAAUGCAGGGGAACUUACGUACGAGCUAUACGAUUUUCUCAACGUUAAUUCGACAAAUUCCGAGGGCGAUAAACCUGACAUCUUCGUCCUCGGUAUAGAUCUCGAUCCGAUUCUCGUCGAGAGAUCGCGCGAGGGUAAUCCUCGUCCAGAUCGGAUCGCCUUCGAGCACUUGGAAUUUCUUACGUCCGAUUGCGAUUCGACGAUCUCGAGAUAUCUCGAGGAACUUGGUAGGUCUCGCUUCGACGCGGUCUUUUGUUUCUCCAUCUCUAUGUGGAUCCACCUUAAUCACGGAGACGACGGCUUGGUCGAGUUCUUUCGCAAAGCAUGUUCUAUCUGCGACACGAUCGUCGUCGAGCCACAACCUUGGAAGUGUUACAGAAACGCUUCGAGGAGAUUGCGAUUGGCCAACUUGGAAGACUUCCCUCUGAUAAAGAAAUUGAAACGCAACGGCGACAUGUCCCACCAAAUAGAACGAAUCUUGACCGAUCUAUGCGAUUUUCGAAAAGUCAUUGUAUCUUCUGCCAACGAUUGGGAAAGAAAAAUUAUGAUUUUCGCGAGAAACUGAUAAUAAUGCCAAUGCCUCCAUAUGACAAUGUACAAUCGAAGGAACGAUCGAUACCAUGAGAGGAUAUUUUAAUAGGAGGAAGAGAAGGAGGUAGGCGAAGCGUACGUUAUAGGGUCUGGUCGGGGUGUAGGCCGGCAAAAAGAGCAUUAAAGUUACAAUUGUUUAACGGAAAGGAUCGU